AAUAGCAUAUAAAACGUCUAAAAAUAGCAACAAUAUCUCUAUUUCUUCAAGUGAACAAUAAAAUAAAAAAAUGUCACCCUGAACCCCUUUCCAGUCCACACAUAUUUCCAACGCAGAGUACACAAAACAAAGAGACAUAUGUUUUGACCUAAUUAAUGAUUGGUUCGUCAAUUAUAGGAGGCGGACCCUGGCCUGGCGCCACACGAUUGGUCAAAUCUUCUGUCUAUCAAACGCAGCACUUCCUGAUGUCUAUGCCCAGCUGUUGGCAAAUGACCCGCAUCUCCACCAUCCGGCAGCAUCGUGUCUACACAGGACAGCCUCAGUGUUUGUCAUCAUACCUGCUCAAAACACGCUGCUUGCCAUGACGACGUCAACGUAUGGAGUAGAAUAACUGAAAUAGGCUUAGAUAGUCCAGUGGAUGAGAGUGAAUCCUUUCAAAUUGGAUUUUUGUGUCCUUAAGGUCGUGCUGCAGUACAGAAACAUAAGCUUUGCGUUGAGCGGCGCGUGCAUCUCAACUGCGGACGAAGACAGUGGCGUAUUUUCAUUGACAGUAUUACUAAAGAACUGGCGAUUGGGAUGGCCUUCACCAACACUACCAUGCAGAUAUUAACCAUGUGAAAGAUCUGGCAAAACAAAAUGGGGAUGGCUGAGAGGUCGUGUGUGGCGGUGAGCAGCUGAGGUCGGCUGUGAUCUGGAUCUUCUCUUCUGACUGAGAGCAUGUACAGGAGGAAUGGACUUCCUGCCAGCGUCAGCAUCACCUCUCGCCACACACAGGACAGCAGUAGUUCCGAGUCCCUGGAUGGACGGAGCUUGGACUCUGCCAAGAGCUUUGACGCGGUGGUGUUUGACAUGCUCAAAGUGACACCCGAGGAGUUUGCUAGUCAGAUCACUUUGAUGGAUGCUCCUGUAUUCAAAGCGAUACAGCCUGAGGAGCUGGCGAGCUGUGGAUGGAACAAGAAGGAGAAGCACAGCCUUUCACCUAACGUUGUGGCCUUCACACGGAGAUUUAACCAGGUCAGUUUCUGGGCAGUGAGGGAGAUAUUGACAGCUCAAACACUGAAAAUUCGAGCAGAAAUAUUGGGCCACUUCAUCAAAAUUGCCAAGAAACUGCUUGAGUUAAAUAACCUGCACUCUCUGGUGUCGGUGGUCUCUGCCCUUCAGAGCGCACCCAUCUUCAGACUGAGCAAGUCCUGGGCGUUGAUCAGUCGAAAGGACAAGGCCACCUUUGAGAAGCUUGACUUUCUGACGUCAAAGGAAGAGAAUUACAACCGUAUGAGAGAGUACAUCAGGUCCCUCAAAAUGGCCCCCUGCAUCCCCUACCUAGGAAUUUACCUGUUUGAUAUGACCUACAUUGACUCCGCCUACCCUGCUUCUGACAGCAUCAUUGAGACUGAGCAAAGAACCAAUCAGAUGAACAAUCUGCUGCGCAUCAUCUCCGACCUACAGGUGUCCUGUAAUUAUGAUCAUUUGGUCAUGUUACCACAUGUGCAGAAGUAUUUGAUGUCGGUGCGCUACAUCGAGGAGCUUCAGAAGUUCGUGGAGGAUGACAAUUACACGCUAUCAUUGAAGAUUGAACCUGGGAACAGCUCACCCCGUCUGGUAUCCUCCAAAGAAGACCUUGGAGGACCCUCAGAGGUGUCCAUGUCAGUGAGGUAUAACCGACGGCCGACCUGUCCUGAUACAUCAGUGGUUGCCCACCUCCCAACGCCACCGCCUGCUCGACACAGAAAGAGCCACAGUCUGGGGAAUAAUAUGAUGUGCCAGUUUGGUGUAGUGGAGAGUAAAAGUGCGACAUUCCCUGCAAAAGAAAAGGCUCGACACCUACUGGAUGACAGCUUCUUAGAGUCUCACAGUCCUGUCAGAAACCACACACACGAUUCAGUAUUUACCAACGGCAUCUCACUGGGCAGUAGAGAGAGCUCUUUUAGUGAUGAAUUAUCAAAUACUGUUGAGAGAGGCCGUAUGUAUGCAACACUUGGUCCAAACUGGCGAGUCCCAAUCUGUAACUCUCCUAGAAGCAGAAGUUAUAUUUAUAGCACCCCAGGGUCCGUAUCCAGCUAUGAAUGCAGUUCUCUGAGCAGCAUAACCAUUGAAGGGCCCCUGCGGAGAAAGACACUGAUGAAGGAGGGUAAAAAACCAACUCUCUCAUCCUGGAAGCGUUACUGGAUUGUCCUAUCCGGCUCCAUUCUCAUCUAUUUUGGUUCUAAAGCUCUAAGAGCAAAUGAGCGAAGACAUUACAAAUCCAGGCCAUGUAAAAAGAUCACGCUGACAGGUUGGAUUGUGGUGCUGCCAGAAAACCCAGAACAUCCAAAUAUUUUCCAGCUUACUGAUCCUGAAAGAGGUAAUGUUUACAAGUUCCAGACUGGAUCACGUUUCUCUGCGAUUAUCUGGCACAGACAUCUAGCCGAGGCUUGCAGGAGUACAAGACCGCAGAUACCAGCAAACCUCAUGUCCUUCGAAUAGCUGCUUUUUGGGAAGAGGAAAACAAAUGAAGGUAACAAACCUAAUGGAGAAAGACAUGGCAGAAGAGUUUGUGCGAAGGGCAUGUUAAGGACCUAACCUAAGUUGGAAAUGUGGCAGCUGUAUCUGUUGAAAAAGUCCAAAAUUCAUUGAAACAUUAUAGACACAGCUGUAUCGAAAUGAUGAUUUUGUGUCUUGAGUUUAGCUGUAACGCUUUACAAUAAGAUUCGGCAACACUUUAUUUUACAGUGUCCUUGUUACAUGUUACAUGUAAUUACUAUAGUAAUUACUAUAAAUAAUGCAUAAUUAUAUGCAACUAACCCUUAACCAAACCAUAAUCCUAACCCUAAAUACAUGUAGUUAAUUAAUAUUACACAGUAUUUAAAUGUAUAAUUACACUGAAACAAUGACACCUUAAAAUAAAGUGUAACCUAAGGUUCAAUUUGUUAACAUCAGUUAAUGCAUUAGGUUUCUUGAACUAACAAUAAACAAUUUUAUUGCAUUUAUUCAACUAGGUUAAUCUUUGUUUAUAAAUAUGCUACUAUUUUAAUUAAUGUUUGUUCAUAAUACUAAUUUCAAUUUAAACAAUAAUAUAUAACUGAUGUUAACGAAUUGAAACCUUAUUGUUGGUUUUACCUGACAACCCUAAGGUACAUGUGAAAUAUGUUGUAAAUGACAUGUAAAAUAGCUUUGUCUAAUAGAUGUCUUCAUGUGAUUAAGUGCCAAAAUUAUGACCUUUGUAUUGUUAAAUCUCCUAGAAUUAUGUUCCAGUCAUGUAAGAUGUUAGAGCAAAAGUGAAAGCUGGACAAUGAGCAUCGGCAUAUAACUUGUGUCAUACAUUCAUAAAACAUUUUUUACAUAUGAGGGGGAAAAAAUAGAUGCACUGUAGAGACAUCACGGUUGUUUCGUUCUCUUGUGGGUAAAAUAAAGAUGUGUUUAAAGUGCCCCUAUUAUGCUGUUUUAAAGAUUUUGUUUUGGAGGUGUCCUACAAUAGGUUUUCAAGCAUCAAAAGUCAAAAAACGUUUUCUCAUACAUUGCGCAUUACCUUAUUUCUCAGAGUCUGAAACUGGUUUGAUCGAAGAUUGAGUCUCUCGAAACCCUCCUUUCCACAAGCCUAUUCUGCUCUGAUUGGUCAGACGGCCUAGUCUGUUGUGAUUGGUCGACCGCUUACAGCAUAUCUAUUACCAUAUCUAAAUUUCAGCUCUGGAGGCUUCUUCAGCACUUGAUACACAGCGAUAUGAUUAUGAAUGAUGACGUCUGGUUUUCCGUAUCAUCCUUUUGAAGUGCCUGCAAAAUUUGAUUAAAAUAGCGUCUCCUCGACGUGUCGAGUCCACAGCAACAAGUUCAGUGUUUGAGGGCGGGUCAAAGUAGACGAUAUUCGCAGGCAGCCAAUGAAGAGGAUGGCAUUAUGCCAAUUUGUUACAUUGUUACAUAGGUAUGUAACAGGAAGUGAGACUGGAAUUGCUGAUGAC